AUGCCUGACCAUUCUACUUCCACUUCCACCUCGGCAGCCUCUGAUGCUCCCAAAGUCAGGGAUUUUGCCUGCUUUGACAACACAAGCGCUCAAGCGCAAGGAAAUGAACGCCAAGCGGAUCCUUCUGGAUCACCUGCCUCCGGAGGAAGUGGUGACACUAUCAACCACUUCUCGAACGACUCCUCAUUGAACAUGAAAUCUUGGUAUUACUGUGAAGAGCCGGAUAGUAUGUAG